AUGGUCUCCUCCCGCCACAACCGCCCCAUCGGCCACUCUAACGGCCACGACUCGCUCUACCGCGACACGUACAAAUACCAUGCAUCCAACGACCUCGAAUCCGGCCGCGCGACGGGCGCGCGCCGCCGCCGCAGCUCCACCACCACGGGCAACCCCAACCCUCUCCCGCCGCGCUUCCGCUUCCGCGACGCCGUCGUCACCGCGCGCGACAUGCAGGACGUCGACCGGGUCAAGAAGGCGCUACGGGACGGCAUCCAGGACCCGAGGCGGAGCUCGCUCGAGAAGUUUCGGCUCAGCGAGGAGGAGCUGAAGGCGAUUAAGAAUAAGAAGGUGCGGGCCUUUUACAAGGAGCAGAAUGAGAGGCUGGAUGAUUGGCUCGAGGUCGAUGCGCUGGUCAUGGCCAUGGCGGAUGAUGUGCUGGAUAGCAUGAAUCCCCGGGACUUCGAUCACGAUGGCAUUGCGGAGGCGGGUGGUGCGCUGCAGGCCACGAGUGAGAGUGUGGAGCCUCUGUUGCCGGAGGAUGAGAGGGAGAAGAGGAGGAAGGCGAGGAGGAAUGCGAGGUGGGCGAUUAAUAUUAACGUCAUCGCGAAUAUCCUGCUGCUUGGAGCCAAGUGCAUUGCGGCGUACUUCUCGUCCUCGCUUUCGCUGAUUGCGUCAUUGGUCGAUUCGGCGUUGGACCUGCUGUGCACGCUAAUUGUUUGGACGACGAACAAGCUGGUGGCGUGGAGGUUGAGCAAGCUGAAGGCGAAGUUUCCCGUGGGUAGAAGGCGUCUGGAGCCAUUGGGUAUCUUGGUCUUCUCUAUCAUCAUGAUCGUAUCAUUUGUACAGGUUCUGCAGGAGUCCAUCGGGAAGCUCAUCCCCGGCACCGGCAAGGCUGAGGAGCUCCCCAUCAUAGCAAUUGCAGCCAUGGCCGCAACCAUCGGCUUGAAAGGUCUCAUUUGGUUUGGCUGUAUCCCCAUCAAGACAACUCAAGUUCAGGCUCUCGCCCAAGACUGCAAGACCGACGUCUAUUUCAACACUCUCUCCCUCCUGUUCCCCGUCAUCGGCGCCAAAGCCGACCUCUGGUGGCUCGAUCCCCUCGGCGCCGCCCUCCUCUCCCUCUUCAUCAUCUACGACUGGGCCGAGACAUCGCUCGAGAACGUGACUAGGCUCACUGGCUCCGCGGCCGACGACCGCAUCCAGCGCAAGAUGCUGUAUCUGGCUUAUCGUUUCUCCCCCGUCGUGUCUGGUCUGAAGCGUGUCACCGCGUACCAUGCAGGCGAUGGCGUGUGGGUGGAGAUGGAUGUGCUGCUGGAUGAGAAGACUCCGUUGAGGAAGGCGCAUGAUAUUGCCGAGACCCUGCAGUACUGCUGUGAAGCGCUGGGAGAAGUUGAUAGAGCUUUUGUUACCACGGAUUAUGCGACCCAGGGUCCUUCUGGACACGUCAGUGAAGAUUAG